AUGUUUAUAAAAGAAGCCUAUGAAAGAAGAUAAAAAUAGAGUGAUGGAGAAUAAGAAAUAUUGUAGACUGAAUAGAGAAUUCAUAAGAUUGGCAGUAUCAAGAACAAUAAAAUGAACUACGAUAAAGAUGAGCAAUUUUUUAGCAAAGAGGAUAUACCAUAAAGAGCAUUGUAAAUUAAAGAAACUGUUUAGACUUUUGUUGAUCCAGUAAUUUUGAUUUGUCAUUUAAUAUGAUAGGAUAUUUUAGGGUUGAGAAAGAAAGAAUGGAAUAGUAGCGUAGCAGUUCCUAAGAACCCAUUAUCAGAAGAAACCCAUGAAAGAAAACUGGUUAAAAUUCGAUUAGGCCUAUUUGAUCAUCCAAUUCCCAAAGAGAAGGCCAAUAUAAUAUAUGAGGGCACAGAAACCAGAGACAAUUAUAUCUUAGCAAAGAAAGGUUCAAGUAAAUGGAAUGUGAGUACAGAAACCAAUAAUUUCGAGUUCUAAAAACAUCUCAUGAAUCAGACCAAGGAUGCACUUAAGAAUACUAAGACGAAGGAGGAAGAGAUUAUAAAAAACUAUUUAAAGCCAAUAGAACAUUAGACGAAAUUGCAAUUGGAUCUCAGAUCUCAGAAGGUAAACGAGAAGGAUAUGAGAAGCAAGAUAAGAUAGGAUUAUCAGAUGGCGAAUCCUGCUGCUUCACAAUAGGCGAUUGAUGGGGCAGUCUUUAGAUUGGCGUAUGAGAACAAAUUAAGCAAAAACCAAGAGCAAAUUCAAGUAAGGAUUUACAUGUGAAUAGAGGAUAAAAACUAUACAUUUAAACCAGAUAUGGCGAGAACAUUGAAAUAGGAUUUGGAUUAUAAGUAUUGUCACAAUGGGGUUUGGUAAAAGAUGCCGGAUGGGAGUGAGGGUUGGUCGUGCUGCAUGAAUGGUACGUUGGAAUCGAAGGGAUGCAUAACGAUAAAGAUUGAUAGGAACAAGUGGGAUUAUUCGUCAUUUACACAUUGA